UUAUCACGGCCUGUAUCGGGUGUCACCGGCUGUUGCUCGGACAGAAAGUAGUCCCUCCCAAGAUAAAAGCGGGCGCUCCAGCAGAGACUGAGGUGCCUUGGUCCCUGCAAAGUUCACCCAGCCUUAGUAGGACUUUUCCUGCACGGUUAGAUCCAGUCAUGUCUAAGGAUUCUCACCACAUCGAGCAUCAGCAGAUGCGUGCUGCCAUGGCAGACACCUUCCUUGAGCAUACGUGUCUGCUUGACAUCGACUCCCACCCUGCUCAUUCUCGUAACACCGGCAUCAUCUGCACAAUCGGACCUGCCACCCGAUCUGUGGAUAUGUCCAAGGAAAUGAUCAAGGCUGGGAUGAACAUUGCAAGAAUGAACUUCUCUCAUGGUACACAUGAAUACCAUGCUGAGACCAUCAAGAAUGUCCGUACGGCAACUGAGAGCUUUGGGCCAGGAUCUGUGGAGUACAGGCCAGUGGCCAUCGCUCUGGACACCAAGGGACCAGAGAUCAGGACCGGUCUGAUCAAGGGCAGCGGCACCGCUGAGGUGGAGCUCAAGAAGGGUCAACCCAUCAAGAUCACUCUUGACGACAAGUUCAUGGAGAACUGCGAUGAGCACACUCUGUGGCUUGACUACAAGAACAUCACCAAGGUGGUUCAGGCUGGAAGCCACAUCUACAUAGACGAUGGUCUGAUUUCCGUCAAGGUCAAAGACAUUGGAAAGGACUUCCUGACCUGCGAGAUUGAGAAUGGCGGUAUUCUGGGCAGCAAGAAAGGCGUCAACCUCCCCGGUGCCGCGGUCGACCUCCCCGCUCUGUCUGAGAAAGACAUUCAGGACCUGCAGUUCGGCUUGGAGCAGGGAAUCGACAUGGUGUUCGCCUCAUUCAUCCGCAAGGGUGCCGACGUUCAGGCCGUCAGGAAAGUGCUGGGCGAGAAGGGCAAGCACAUCAAGAUCAUCAGCAAGCUGGAGAACCACGAGGGCGUGCGCAGAUUCGAUGAGAUCAUGGACGCCAGUGACGGCAUCAUGGUCGCCCGUGGAGACCUGGGUAUUGAGAUCCCAACAGAGAAGGUCUUCCUGGCUCAGAAGAUGAUGACUGCCAGGUGCAACAGGAUCGGCAAGCCCAUCACCUGCGCCACACAGAUGCUGGAGAGCAUGACCAAGAAGCCUCGCCCCACUCGUGCCGAGGCCAGCGAUGUCGCCAACGCUGUGCUGGACGGCAACGACUGCAUCAUGCUGAGCGGUGAGACCGCCAAGGGAGACUACCCUCUGGAGGCUGUGCGCACACAGCACAUGAUCGCUCGUGAAGCCGAGGCCGCCAUGUUCCACAGGCACAUCUUCGAGGAGCUGCGUCGCACCUCUCAUUUGACCCGUGACCCCACAGAGGCCACCGCCAUCGGCGCCGUCGAGGCUUCCUUCAAGUGCUGCGCCAACGCCAUCAUUGUGCUCACCAAGUCUGGCAGGACUGCUCACCUGGUGUCGAGGUACAGGCCCCGUGCCCCGAUCAUCGCCGUGACCCGCUGUGGCACGACAGCCCGCCAGUCUCACCUGUACCGCGGUAUUUACCCCGUCCUCUACACCAAGCCUGCAGACAAAGUCUGGGCUGAGGAUGUCGACCACCGUAUUAACUUUGCCAUGGAAGUUGGCAAGCACCACCAUUUCUUCAAGACUGGCGACGUGGUCGUGGUCGUGACCGGCUGGCGCCCAGACUCCGGCUACACCAACACCAUGAGGGUCGUGCUGGUGCCUUGAACGGCAUAAAAGGAAACAGUUCCCUCUCAUCUUUUAUAUAGAAGACAAAACAUUUUCCCUCCAUCUUGGACUUUCCGGGCCGAUCAUUCAAAGAACCGACGUCACGCACAGUAACUUCAUGAAUCCUUCUUCUAAUAUCUCCGCUUUCUUGUCUAAGUCCAGCGGUGAUUGUUAUCAUCUUCCAUGUACCAUUUAGAGCUAUCAGCCGGUGCAGCGUCCCACUCCGAGGUGAACUCGGGGGAGCUGAGCCGCUAUCCAUUAAAAGGAACUAUUGAAUCA